GCUGCUGUUGCCUCUUACGACCACCAUCGGCAUCGCCAUUGCCUUGCUCCCCGUUCCUUGUGUCCGCUCCUCCCUCUUGGUCCCCGUCCUCUGUCUCUUCUCCCACGUUUUUUUCCCCCUUUUCUGAUCCCUUCUUUAGGAAGAUUUCUGCUUUUUUUUGUCCAUUUUUUUGGGGAGUAGGGGUGGCUUGAGUCGUCAUCUGAAGCUCUCUUUCUCCCUCACACUCUCUCUCUCUCUCUCUCUCUCUCUUGUGGGGAGGGUGUGUACCGAGAUCGUGUGAGUGUUGUCGUGUUUGUUUGAGCGAUAGGUGGUGUUGUAGAGGAACAGAUGCUGUGAAUUGGAGUGUUAGCGCAUGAGCCUCUUUUUUCCUCAGUGGUAACCAUUCUUCAGGGUUGGAAUUCGGGCGACACACUCAAAGCCGUCUUGGGCUCCUCGCUUUUCAGCGAACGACAGAAUCAGAAGUUUCUUUCUAGAAGUCAACCUUGUAAUCUGCCUUUGAGAAUUUGACCACCUCGUCGCGAAUCUCAACCACCGUGGUGGUUCACCGGACCUGUGGAAAAUGCUGCAUUGCUUAACUUCAAACUCAUUGUUUGGAUUGCUUCAUAGCUGACCUGGAGGGCAGAUCCAAAGUAUCUGUGUGACUUUAGUCACGCUUACGUUAUUUUAUUUAUCACUAAGCUCAGGUCUUGUUUAUAUGAGUGUAUAUCCUCGAAAAGGUAUUUUUUUGGGUGCCCUGUCCGUAGUCAGUGACCAAGAUUUCGUUCCUCAACUUGGCCUGACAGCUUUCACUCUGCAAUCGAACACAUCGGUUAGCCGUCCCUGUUAUUCUGAGAUCCUUGUACAAUUCAUUUCGAGAGUCGUUCCCUUGAAUUUUAAAACAUUUCCCAUUCAGUUUAUUUUAAGAUUCCUGCAGAGGAAGCGGUCAAUCCUGCCUCCUUAGAGUCUCGAGGAGCCUCUUACCUUCUGCAUUUCGUCUGGAGGUUGUACAUGAGGCAGUGGUUGAAGUGUACUCAAAAUGUCGAUGGGGGGUCCUAUGAGGUGUUCUGUACUUGAGGAGUUUGACCGAAUUAAGGGACCUUGGAGUCCGGAGGAAGAUGCUGCUCUUCAGCAGCUUGUGGAGAAGUAUGGCGCGAGGAACUGGUCUUUGAUCAGUAAAGGUAUUCCGGGUAGAUCAGGGAAGUCAUGUAGGCUUCGCUGGUGUAAUCAGUUGAGCCCGCAGGUUCAGCAUCGUCCUUUCACCACAGCGGAAGAUGAGACCAUAAUUGCAGCACACAGUCAACACGGGAACAAGUGGGCUACGAUAGCCCGCCUGUUGCCAGGACGAACGGACAACGCUAUCAAGAAUCAUUGGAACUCAACUUUGCGUCGCCGCCAUACGGUGGAACGACCGUCUCGUUCGGAGUGUGCUGAGCAACAAUUUAAUCACGCGGGGCGAGUUUCUCAUGUGGAUGAGGAUGAUGGUGGUAGCGUCGACGGUUGGAAGCGGAGUAAUAAGGAGAUCUCCUCUGAUGGAAGUGUUCAAGAAAAGGGUGGUUGGGAAGUCGAUUCUCACAGGAUGAAACGUCUGCAUGUUGAGAGCGAAUCCCCCCGGGAGCUAUCCGCUACUUUCAUGCAUGCGCCUCAGGUUUUCCGGCCUAUUCCUCGUUCUUCUGCUUUCUCUUCAUUCAGUCCCAAUGGGGUCUUUACUCCACCGACUUCAGAACCUUCAGAAACAUCGGAGGUGACCGAUCCCCCUACUUCGUUGAGCCUUUCACUACCAGGUUCAAGCCCAGCAAGGAAGGAGCAGUCUUCUUCGGAGGAUAGUCUUCUUGCCCGCCAAGUAUCUAUCGCUUCUCACGUGCCCGGUUCUCAAAGUCAGCUUGUGUCUCCAGAUCUGCAUGGGCAGGGACGGUGGGAGGGUGGAAUUUCCGUGGAUCAAAAGUUUCCAGAUCGGUUCCCAACGCCUACUUUCUCUGUGCCCACAGCAUCUUCUCCAACUCAGCUUGUGGGAUCCCAGCUUUCUGCACUCUCACGUGCGGCACCUACCGGUUACAAUUUAAGCGGGAAUCCUCCCACCGCUGAGAUGAUGAGUGCGGCGGUGCGGUCUGCUGUUGCGCAAGCUUUUGGCCCUGUUCUCCAGGCUCAGGGAGUCCAAGGGACCCAGACUUGGGAUCCUCCACGUCCGCCAACCUUGAGUCAUGGUCUGGAUGCUGCUGUUAAUGCUGGACUUGUGGCCUUAAUGCGAGAUAUGGUGGCCAAUGAGGUUCAAAAGUACAUGGCGGCAGUUCACAGCUCAUCGUGUGCACCGUACUUCCCAAGCUUUGGACCAGAUCAUGCCUCCGUGGGGUCUCACAUCAAAUACUCUGGUCAAUCUGACUUUUUGGGGUCCAUGGCCACCAGUUCUCCUCGCAAGGCUGGGUGAGCCUAAGAUUUCAGGGAACUUGACUAUCUUCGGCUCUUCAUCAGUUUUCAGAGAUCUUCCUUUGGACCCCACGUUUUGAGUUAUUCUACUCUUUCCGACAUCUGCCCUUAUGUGAAUGUCCUCUUCCCAAGGCUGUGUGUUAUUCUUUCUAGUCACAAGAGUUUAUUUUGGGUUCGUUUUUUCCUUUUUUGUUUCUCCCGAUUCGGAACUUUGCUUGAUUAUUUUUCUUCACAAUUUUCGGGUUGCCUGUUUUUUUUGAUCCUUAGUGGUUGCCCAUACAGUAAAAGGCAGACAUCCGAGGUCUGCCUCAGUGAGGAUGACACCGGCGAUUUCUUUUGUAGUGUACAGCAGUGUUCUAGUUAGUUCUCAGUUAGGAGAUGUAAAUACAAGGAUCCUGUGAUGGGCUUUCCAAUCUCUGUCUUUGCUGACACCGUAGCUUAAUGAAACGACUAGAGACAGGCUGCAGCUUUGCCAUUGUAAAUUCCAUUGCGGAGAAAAGCAGUUUUGGAGUAUUUUCUGUAUCCGAGCUGUAGCUGCGGGGUGGCAGAUUAGCUGAGAUUAGUUUUGUACAGUUAUCAUGAAAGCUUCUAUACAGGUGGCACAUGUUAGGUGCCGAUUGUUUCCAUUUUUGGAUGGAAACGGCAGCCGGUUUUUGUAGAUUGAAAGUGAGAAACAAGAAAUCUGUACACAUUGAUUCUGACUUGCAAAAAAGACUUUUUUUGAUGUUUCUA